UAAAGGUAGGGUACAGUCACAUCUUAUAAAUGGAAAUAUAAUAAAGUAAAAAGGAAAACACAAGUAGGGGAAAGUAAAUAAACAAAACAAAUACAAUAAAAUAAAGGCAGAUGACAUUCUAGAUGUUUAAUUGUGUGUACUAUUUCAGUGUGUGUGUUUAGUGUUGAAUGUAAGAGUUUAUCAAAUAUGUAAAGUCUUUAAGGAAAAGAGUAAACAUGGGUAUUCCUUCAGAAAAACUGCAUUUGUGAUUUUAAGAAAUCCCAUAGAUUAUAACAAUUGCAGUAGAAUUAAUUUUGGGGUCUUUACAUUUAAAAUAUAGAAUGAUAUCUUAUAGAGACAGCUCUAAAUUGUGUUUACUCUGUUUAAAAUGACGUCUGAUGACACACGAGUGUCCAGAAUUAUGUAAAAGAGAUGAUUUUUGUCUGUACCUGUGUUUUAUUUAUUCUACCACUGGGGGGCCUCAAAGUUGUACAUUUCCAAAUUUUCCACAUAGUGUCUUUAAUCUAAAUUAAAUUUAGUGGCUUUAAUUUGUAUUGGGUCACAUUAUAUAUAAUGUGAAACUCCACAAUCUUUUCAAGAACGCCUUGGAAACUGGAUCACAAGUACCGCUGCCACUGGUUGGGAACCAGUGUCCUAUCUGAAUCCAGACGGGUGUGCGAUUUCCUACGUUUUCCUUGUGUCAUGAACGUUACGUAGUGUAUUUGGAUGACAGGGAGGAAAAAAAAAAAUCAGGAUGUAUCUUUCCCGUCAUGCAACGCGGCUGGGUUCUCCCCCCGUGGUCAUCGCAUCCAGGGAGAGAGAGGGCAGUAAUGGCGGCCGGGUAGAUCCACACACAAACACCGCGUCCGCAAUCAGCCGCACUCACCGCAGCCCUCCGGGGGCAACCAGCUUCACACACCGCGGCGGAGCCAGCGCGACAGACACGGCGUGGAGACACGGGCUUCAGGGGGGACGGGAAUCCUUCAGCGGACCGUUGCUGUCUGGGACUUUCCUUCUACUUUUCUAAAAAAAAAAAAAAAAAAAAAAAACUAAAAAAAAAACAUGGAUGAGCACCCCGGCGGAGGAGGGGUCGGAGCGGGCGCCCCGCGACAGCCUCCGCCGCCGCAGCAGCAGCAGCAGCAAGGGAGCAACAGCAGCGCUAAUCAGCCGAUCGGAGGUGGUGGUGGCGGCGGAGGAGUCAUGGUGCCGCACCAACCGGACGAGCUGCCCCGGCCGCAGCAGCAGUACACGAUCCCCGGCAUCCUGCACUACAUCCAGCACGAGUGGGCCCGGUUCGAGAUGGAGAGGGCGCACUGGGAAGUGGAGAGGGCCGAGCUCCAGGCGAGGAUAGCGUUCCUGCAGGGGGAGAGGAAAGGUCAGGAGAACCUGAAGAACGACCUGGUUAGAAGAAUAAAAAUGUUAGAAUACGCUUUAAAACAAGAAAGAGCAAAAUAUCACAAGUUAAAAUAUGGAACAGAGUUAAACCAAGGGGAGAUGAAGAUGCCGAGCUUCGAAUCGGACACCAAAGACUCGGAGGUCUCUGCUGUUCCUGCCAACAGUCAGCUCACCUGGAAACAAGGAAGACAACUACUCAGACAGUACCUGCAGGAAGUGGGAUACACAGACACCAUCCUGGACGUUCGUACUCAGAGGGUCCGCUCUCUGCUCGGCCUGUCGGGCUCCGAGCAGAACGGAUCUGUGGAGAACAAGAACCUGCAGCACCUGAUCAACGGGACGGAGCGCCGCAAGGACAGCAAGAGGAGUCCAGGUGACGUUCUGGAGACGUUCAACUUCCUGGAGAACGCAGAGGACAGCGACGAAGAAGAGGAUGAGGAGGGAGACCUGAUGGACGACAUCAGCGCUGACAAACACCACCGAGCCAAGAAACACAAGACCAAGGUGGGGAACGAGGGUUUGGCGUCGGAGGACGAUGCCGACACGGAGGAGGCUCUGAAGGAGUUUGACUUCCUGGUGACGGCGGAGGACGGGGAGGGAGCAGGCGAGGCUCGGAGCUCCGGAGACGGGACGGAGUGGGCGGAGCCUCUACCGUUUCCUCCCGGCGGGGGGAAGUCCUUCCUGUUGGGCGGGUCAGACGACGUGUUGGAGAGCGUGCUGGGUUUGGGCGACCUCGCCGACCUCACCGUCACCAACGACGAAGCAGACUACAACUACGACCUGCCGUCCAAUAAGGAGUCUUCGUUCAGGAAGACGUGGAACCCGAAGUACACGCUGCGGAGCCACUUUGACGGCGUCCGAGCGCUGGCCUUCCACCCCGUCGAGCCGUGUCUGGUCACCGUGUCCGAGGACCACACCCUCAAACUGUGGAACCUCAACAAGACCGUCCCCGCCAAAAAAAGUGCCUCUUUUGAUGUGGAACCCGUCUAUACAUUCAGAGCCCAUGUUGGUCCGGUGUUGUCGUUGGCGAUGACGUCCAGUGGUGAACAGUGUUUCAGUGGAGGCAUCGACUCGACCAUCCAGUGGUGGAACAUCCCCAGCUCUAAUGUCGACCCCUACGACACCUACGAUCCCAGCGUCCUGGCGGGGUCGUGGUUGGGGCAUACGGACGCUGUGUGGGGAUUGGCUUACAGCGGCAUCAAGAACCGCCUCUUAUCCUGCUCGGCCGACGGAACGGUGAAACUGUGGAACCCGACGGAGAAAAACCCCUGCAUCAGCACUUUCAACAAAAACAAGGAGCACGGCGUCCCCACGUCGGUGGACUUCAACGGUUGUGACCCCGCCCACAUGGUGGCGUCGUUUAACAGCGGAGACGUGGUGGUGUACGACCUGGAGACUUCCCAGAAUGCACUGGUGCUGAAGGGGCAGGGAGAAGGCACACUCCCGGGGUCGAAUCAUAUCAAUAAGGUGGUGAGUCAUCCCACGCUGCCGGUCACCAUCACCGCUCACGAGGACAGACACAUCAAAUUCUACGAUAACAAGUCAGGUAAAGUGAUCCAUGCCAUGGUGGCUCACCUGGACGCAGUGACCAGUCUGGCUGUGGAUCCCAACGGCAUCUACCUGAUGUCUGGAAGUCACGACUGCUCUCUGCGUCUGUGGAACCUCGACAGUAAAACGUGCGUGCAGGAGAUCACAGCUCACCGGAAGAAGAGCGAGGAGGCCAUCUACGACGUGGCCUUCCACCCCUCCAAGGCCUACAUCGCCUCCGCCGGAGCUGACGCCCUCGCCAGGGUCUACGUGUAGACGAGGAGGAGGAGAAGAAGAAGAAGCGGAGGACCGCGGGGCGAGAGACAGACAGACAGACAGAGAGAGAGAGAGAGAGACAGGCUAGUCUGUCCACACACAAACAGUAUUCAGGUCUGUUCAGGUCUCUGAACACAGAAUAUAUAUGUUAAUGAGAGACUGGAGGUGGUGGAUCUCCAUCAGAUGACUGAACACACACUCUCACACACACACUCUCUCACUCACACACACACACACACACACACACACACACACACUCACACACUCUCUCUGUUUAAGUUAAGAGGCGGAGCCGUGCGGUUUCCCUCCGACUGACUGCAGAGACUGAGAGACGUUCAGCAGCAGAAACACAGAAACGUUGUGGAAACGUUGUUUAAACCCUGCAGGUCGACACUGAGCAGCUCACCUGUCCUGUGAUGUCAUGUGAUGUCAUCUCCCCCCGUCUGCAGAGAGAACGUAGCUCUGAUGACACUACAUGAAGCCCCCUCGUGUUAACACUAGUCUGACCUCCUGACCCUCAGACAGCAGGAGCAGAGGACGGACUUAAAGGAAAAAUCCCCCAAAAUCGGCUCGCUGAUGUUCUUGUUUCUGCGUUCAGUGGUUUGAUUUUCUUCUUCUGUGGUGAUGGCGGUGACAGUUUCAGACCCUCAGAAUCAAAGAGCUUCGUUCUUCCUUUUCACACACAACAGAAAACACUUCCGAACUAUCAAAUGAUCUGUUUUCCUGCGGCGUGCAGCGGUUUAAAUCACGCAGCCGUCUGUCUGCACGUUCUUUUGUCUUUGUUCGAUAGUGAUGACAGGAAAGAGAUGAUAAGAAAUGAGGCACGCAACAAAGGCCCCCCGGCUGGACUCGGGGACGUUGUCGUUCGUGGUCGGCAUGUUAACCCUGAAGCCGCGGCGACGCCCCGGCUUCACAGUAAGUUUGAGUCCUCGUCAAGCGCGUGGUGACGCAGUGACUACCCGCGCUCUCGGCCGUAAGCAGACGCGAAGUCAACAUUUAAUUCAAAGGAGCGUGUUUGUACCGUCCACUCGAAGGUUCACGGCGUCCAGAGGAAAACCUCCCGUUAUUCCAACUCCGGAGCGUUCGCAUCUCACUGCCGACCAUCUCACUGCCGAGCCUGCGCCAUCGGCUGUUUGACACUUCUGUAGUUUAUUUUUGCCGGAUACGAGAUAACCUCCCAUCUCCGCUGAGCCUGAGCUAUAUAACGUGAACUUUCCUUCACUGAUUCAUUGAUUUUAUUUUCCAAAUCACGCAGCUAUACAUUUACAGAGAAAAGACCCACAGUGCAUUGCAGGAGCAGGGCCGCUUUCAUUUUUGGCUUCUGAAACUUUUUCUUGUUGUCGCUCUUUCUUAGUACGACUUUCACUUCAACAGAGCAUUCACACUUGUUGCCGCCACAGCGGAGAAUAAAGGCGGUUCUGUGAGUUCGUCCUCCUGUAAUGAAGGUUUAAAUAUCCGUUUGAUGAGGUGUGUUGACGCCUGUGGUGUUUGUGUGCGCCGCUGCUCUGUUUCACCGGCGAAACCACACUAAACAAAUGUGACGUUAUGCUGCAAAACAUCAGCCAAAGUUCCCACAUCUCCUCUGGUUGUCAGAAGACACUUGAGGGGAAAUAUUAGAAAUCCCGGACUGCAGUAGAAAUCAGUAACGCAGCCUGAGGGGAAACGCCGUUCACCUAAAAGUAAAUGAGUUCAAUCGUUAAAGCGUUGCACAAAACUCAAACUGAACUGAACAACAGAAGAAGAACAUCUGAGGGGGAUUUUUCCUUUAAAGCGUCGAGCUGCAGCGGAGUCGGAGAGAAGAAGAGAAUCCAGCCGCUUAUAUCGAAGGAACAGAGCGUUUGGUGUUUUAACCCACCUUGGUUUUGUUGUGUUUAAGUUUUUUUUUUUUCAUCUUAAAAUCUGAACCAAAGCUUCAGGAAACGAACAGCGAAAAAAAGCUGUUUCCAGAUUUUGACGUGUCUUUUUUACAGUGUUUUUAAGAAAUAUAAUUUAAGAAAUGAAUAAGUUAAGAAGUUUAAAAUAUGUCAAGUUAAAGUUAGCUCUUGAUUUUGUCUCUAAAUACUUGAUGAACGACCACGUCGGGUUAAAAAUCAGAUUUUCUGUUUCCGUUUGUCUCUCUGACGAGGUGUGAGCUGAUUGGACGUCUGUCCUAACGGGAACAGAGGAUUGGUUAAUACACCCCCACCUCAGUCCCUGGUGGGCCAAUCGGAGCCCUGCGUUUUAAACCACCGAGGUAAAGAGCGAAGGAUUCAGACGUUAGCGUUACUGUAGUUACAUAUGGACGUUUUCUGUUUGUGUAAAAUAAAUCUAGUUUUUAUAAUCGUUUUUAUAAACGUGGAAAUGCCUCGUUAACGGCACCGAGGAAGAUUCUGGUUCCUCAUUCCCGUCCAGUCCUGCCAUCAACACUCACAGACCCCGCCCUUCUACUUCCUGUUUCCUGUCACAUGAUGAGUCUCCUCUGAUACAUGGGAGUCUGGUUCCUCGAAGAAACUCUGGGUUCAGUUUCUGGAUCUCGGUGAAGAUUUCACGAAAUGUUCAAAGUAGAGGAGAGAGGGAGGAGCUGCUGAGGAGUGUUGAGACUCGGAGGAGGAGGAGGAGGAGGAAGAGGAAGGUGCUAGCGAGCUCUGAUGUUUGUCAGGACCUGAAUGCACCAGUGUAAACAGGCGAUGAUGCUGCAGUAAAUCCUCGGUAGACGGUCUUGUUGAGGGAGAAGCUGCAGGUCUGAGGCUGGUAGAGGAGCCUUCACCCCUCCCAGCUCCUCCUCCUCCUCCUCGUCUUCAUAUCACUGUGUGAGUUUUCACUUUGAGUACAUUUGACUUUUCUUCAUCACAGCUUCAACAAGCAGGACUAAAGUUAUUUAUAUCAUUAAACGGUUUUUAGUCUCGUCCUGAGAAGGAAAGGUAACCGGUUUGAGCUCCAGGAGAAACUGUCCAAUCAGGGGCCUCCUGGGGCGGGUUUUGAACACAAAGCUGCCACCUGAUUGGCCGAACAUCCCGACCUGUUCUCCACAGUUUUUUAAUUUAAUUAAAUUUUUUAACUGAAGGGAUUUGUAACGCGAGCGGCUUCUGAUUGAUCACAACAAACGAAAUCUUUAUUUUUGUUUUCACCCACGCUACAACUUACUGUGUAACUAAAGACUUUUUGUUUGUGUAAUGCAUGAUUAAUACAAUAAAAGUAUUUUUUCUAGUCUUCCGGAAAAAUGGGGGGGAAAAAAAAAAAGUUCAGAUCAGUUUGCGAGUUUUGAUGAGUUUUGUAAGUUUGUUUUUUUUUGAUUUACAAACUAUGAAACAGCAGAUUUUAAAGAUUGUACCACAUAGCGGAAUACAGCUGUAUAUAAAAUGUCUAUAAUAACUAUUAAAUGGUGUACCUGUACAGAG